AUGAAAACCAAGAUUAUGUCAUUAUUUCUAAAAAGAGAGCAUCUUAUUUUAUUAUCAAAAAUGCUUUAAUUAAGUGAAAAUGUUACAGAAUUAGAUGGUCAAAUUUUAAAACUUGAUAUUCAAAACUAAUAAAGUGAAAAUAAAAUAUUAAAAACUGAAAGAUGGCCAUAAUUGGAUUUAGAAUAUUUUCAGAAUAAUUUUCUGUAAAUUGCAAACUUAUCCUUUUCAUACUUCAAAUUGCACUUUCCAGUUAACUCUGCAAUCCACAUCAAAGAUCACAUCAAAUUUAUCUAGAUUUUAAAGUAAAUUAACUAUGGAGGUGUAACAAUUGAAGAUGUAUUCAAGCAAUAGAGAGUAUACUUAUUAAUCUUAAUCUUUAGUCACGUCUUUAAUUAGAAGUAUCUAGAAUAACAAAAGCAAUUAAAUCUAUAGAUGAACCUAUAAUGCCUAAAAUAAUGAAUUAUAAAAUUGAUAUCUAAUAGAUAUAAACUAUCUAAGAUAGAUACUUUUAUCCAAAGAAUUAGGAUUUCAUGAAUCCUUACUUAAUACUUAAUUUAAAAAUGCCAAUGCCUAAAUUAAAUGCAAGACCUCUCAAUAAAGAACUGUAUUAAAGUAUUACAAGUUUAGAAGAUAUACCAUCUUUUUAAUUUAUGAAUUCAACUCUCAUUUAACCAAUUCUGAAUUACGACAUACUCAAAAAUUCAUUUGAUUAUAAAAUGAAUAAACUUAUGUAACGAAACCAACAAAUUCAAUAUACUAUAAAAAGAUAUUAAUAAACAAUAAAAAAUUAUGAUAAUGUUGAUGAUAACAUUUAAGAUAAUUCUUUUAAAGAAAUUAAAAAAUUAUUCUGUUCCUCUAUUAAGUAAAUUUACCAAAAAAAGAUCAAGGAAAUUAAUAUUGAUUAAAAUUACUAAAUUACAAAAACAUAAAUUGAUGAACAAAUCUCAUAAAAAUCUAGUCAACAUCUAACAGAAAUUCUUAAAUAAAGUGAAUCUGUUCUUGAUAAUCCUAUUUAAUAGAAUGAACAAUAAUAUUAAGUGAUUCAAAAAUGUUCUAAAUGUAAUGAAAUAUCUCGUGAGUAAUCUCCAAAUUUAUCGAAUCGUUCACCAAAGCUACUUUCAUUAAGAAUGACUCCAUAAGUAUUUUUAGAAUCAUCUUACUAAUAAACCUAAUCUUAAAAAUUACUACCAACAGAUGAGUCAAAUUAAUUAAAUUAAAGUCCCUUAAAAACAGUAUUAAGAAAUAAAUAUUCUUUUAAAUCUUAUGAUCUUUAAUAAUCUCUUAUUCUAAGUCCAAGUACUUUAAGAUAUCCAAAAAAAAUAUUAUCAUAUCAAAAAUUCUCAACAUAAAAUUAAUAAAACAUUUAAAAUAAUUCAAAUACAAAAGUAUUAUUAGAUCUACCAAUUCAAAGUUCAGAAAAUUUAGAAUAAUCAAUUGAAACUCAAAUUAUAGAUACAUAGAAACCUAUUUUAACUAGUAGAAAUAUAUAAAAAACAUCUCUAGAUAAAAUUCCAUUGAGACCUAUAGCAGUUUAGUCAAUUAGAUUAAAAAAAUUAAAAGAUAAAAGAGUUGAUAAAAAAGAAAAAGAAACAUCAUUUCCUUAUGUGAAAGAAUCUUUACCAAAAGUUUAAGAAGUAUUUUUAUUUUAAAAAAAUAAUACAAUGAGAAAUCAGUUAUAAAAUCAAUUAAUAUUAUUGACAAGAUCUGAAUAAAUUUUGACUUCUUUAAUUUCAAAUGGAUAACUUAGAGGAUCAGAACUUUAUUAAUAAUUAUUAUAACCAAUAAAAUUAACGACCAGUUAAAAGUUUUUGAGUCCUAAAAGCAAUACUUUAAUAUCUAGAACAAAAUUUAAGAAAAUAUAAUUAGAAACAAAGAUGUUUAAUUUGAAAUGA